AGGGUUUUCAGUUGGAGUUGUACAGGUUUUAUGCUAUGUUUAUUAAGAAAGCUAUCCAUACCUGGAGGAACAAAGUAGUUACCAUAUUUCAGAUUCUUCUUCCAGUAUUAGCCACGAUCAUUGCACUGGCCGUCGAUAGCAGCUCUCAAGACGAAAAACAAGAACCAUCUCUGACUUUUGACUUGAAACCAUUUAGUGAUUCAAUAAGUGCUUAUGGAGAGUCGGUUAACUCGACCGAAACAACCGAAUUAGCUGAUAAAUACGGUGGGCUAUUUGGAGCAGGGGAGACAGCUGAGCGUCUAACACCACAGCAAGCUCAAAAUUUUUCGAUAUAUUUCGUGGACAAAGCUAAAGAACUGAGAACAGCUGUAUACAAUAACAAGAUGGUGAUAGGUGCGGAUUUUUCUGUUAUAAAUACCACGAUUACGUCAAUUAAAGGUUUCUAUAACGGUCUACCAUACCACGCUCCUCCUAUAAGUGUAUCAUUUAUGAUGAAUGCUUUAGCUAGACAGGUUUUUGGAGACGAUACAGUGCGAAUCACAACUCGAAAUCAUCCUUUGCCACCAGAUGUCAAAACAUAUUCCGAAGAAGCGGCUUUCAAUUCAAAUACUAGCGGUUUUACGGUAGCCUUAUGUUUAGUGUUCGGGAUGUGCUUUUUAGCUAGUAGUUUAUCGGUGUUCCUCAUUAAAGAAAGACAAGUUGGCGCAAAACAUCUACAGAAAGUCAGCGGCGUUGGAACGCUCGUUUAUUGGUUGUCUAAUAUCACGUGGGAUUUUAUCAACUACCUGAUUCCAUGCAUACUUAUUGUGAUAGUGUUUGCUAGUUUUGGGACUGAUGGAUUUGUAUCAGGUUCCAAUUUAUCGUAUGUAUUUCUGGUAUUGUUGGUCUUUGGAUUGGCUGUUAUACCAUGUGUCUACAUGCUACAGUUUCUGUUUAACACGCCUCCUGGUGGAAUGGCAGCCAUUUUAAUUUUGAAUGUACUUUCAGGCUUAAUUACAGUGAUGGCGGUGUUUAUUUUACGAAUUCCAAGCCUGAAAACUCAAGACAUUGCCGAUAUAUUAGAAUAUGUUUUCAGUGUGCCGUUCCCACAGUUUAAUCUUGGUAUAGCGUUCAUGAAUAUUGUGGAUAAUUAUAAUAACUUGAAAAUAUGCGCCAAUUCCUCACCAUGUGACGGUAUCAGGUUUAACCCAUGCUGUAAAGAUACCUGCGGUGGAUUGUGUUAUUAUUAUUCGGAUAAUUAUCUUUCCUUUGAUCGCCCUGGUAUAGGAAAAAAUGUUCUUCUGUUGGUUGUACAAUCAUUAGUCUUUUUCUUCAUCACUUUAACUAUUGAGGCGCAACUACCACAGAAGGUCUGGUACAAGGUUCGCCCUAAUUCAGAUGAAGUUGAACCCUUACAAAGUCAAUCCCACACCAAUUUGGGUGAACCGCAGACGGACAGUGACGUAGCCAAUGAAAUUGAUCGGAUUAAAAAUAUGGACAUGGAUCAACCCAAAGAUUCCUUUGUAUUGAAGAGUCUGUAUAAAAGAUAUGGAAAUUUUGUUGCCGUUGACCAUAUUAGUGUGGGGAUACCUGACAGAGAAUGUUUCGGUCUUCUUGGACAAAAUGGCGCAGGAAAGACAACAACUUUUAAAAUGUUAACCGGUGAUGUUAUGGUUACAAGUGGAAACGCAUUUUUGAAAUCGAACGAUAUCAAAUCUAGUAUUCAAAAGGUACAGGAAAAUAUGGGGUACUGUCCUCAGUUCGAUGCUCUGAUAGAUCAGAUGACCGGAGUUGAAACAUUGUAUAUGUAUGGAAGACUGAAAGGGAUACCAGGAAACCAUCUAAAGGGCGUGGUUAAUAGUUUGAUUGACAUAUUGAUGUUGAAGGAACAUGCCAAUAAAUUGACUCAAGCUUACAGCGGUGGUAAUAAACGUAAACUGAGUACAGCUAUAGCCUUAAUUGGUGAUCCAGGUUUUAUUUUACUGGACGAACCAUCAAGCGGUGUUGAUCCCAAGGCCAGACGUCAACUGUGGACUGUUUUAUCUAAAGUCAGGGAUAGUGGAAAAACACUGAUACUUACUUCACACAGACAAUUAUAAUAAAGGUUACCAUCGCUACGUUGCUUUUCCUGUAAAGAAUUGUACUAGUGGCUGCUUCUCUACCGAGGAUAUGUUGCUACCCACCCAUUUAAUUACAACAUUCAUU